AUGAUAGAAGCAGAUGGAGCCCAGCCCGAGCUCUUCAUUUUCCACGAGUUGUGUGCCCUAAAGAAGGAUGAAGGGCCCUGCGAGGCGUUAAAGGAGCGCUUCUAUUUCGAAAUUGACACGGGCCGCUGCGAGUCCUUCGAGUUCGGUGGCUGCAGAGGCAACGCCAACAAUUUUGAGACCUUGGAAGCGUGUGAGGAAAUGUGCCUGGUGUCUGCUGACAAGAGUCCCUGUCACCUGGAUGAGGCUCCGGGGCCAUGCCGAGGUCUGGUGACGCGCUACUUCUUUGACAGCCAGAGCCAGGCGUGCAAGCACUUCUACUACGGAGGCUGCUUCGGCAACGCCAAUAACUUUAAGAGUAUGAAAGAGUGCCAGGCCAGGUGCCAGAACCCAGAAAACACCAAUGUGGCCCCUAAAUUGGAUGUGACUCCUAAAUUGGAGGUCACCGUCCCAAAACCCACUAGUAAACCUAAUGUACAACCUGUCAAAGUAACUGGGGAGUUUGCUUUAAGCGCCUCACACAUGCAGCAGAAUCAUCAACACCAGGCCACAGACUUCAGUCCUCCAGAGUUCUGUCUCAGUACCAAUGACAAGGGCACGAUGUGUGACGGAGAGGAGAGGAGAACGGGAAGGAGAUAUGUGUACAACCCCAAGACAAAGAGAUGUCAUUGGUUGCGUAACAGGAGCUGUGGGGGCAACAAGAACAACUUUGUCCUCAAGAGACACUGCAUGAAGAUGUGUGUGAAGCCGAGUAAGAUCCAAGUUACCGUUUUCUCCAAUACCGGUCCUAUAGAGCUACUGGGUGUGCAGGCUUUUGUUCCCACCCAGCAUUAGCACACCUGAUUCAAAU